AUGUCGGCCCGUCUGUUCCUGGCAAACUCUAUCAAGGGCAACCUCCGCGUGCCGCUUGCUUCGCGCUCGCUGGCCACGGCUGCCACUCUCCAGGUAAGUUCAAAGGAGGCGCCCGGUGCUAACGUGCAGCCUCUGACGCAGGUGACGAUGCUGCCCAACGGUCUUACCGUUGCGACGGAAUCGAAUUCGAGUGCCCAGACGGCGACGGUGGGUGCUUGGAUUGAUGCUGGCUCGCGCUCGGAGGUGCGUAUGCGAAUACUCACGUCAGGCACCAACAAGCGCUCGCAGCACGGUCUGGAGCUGGAGGUCGAGAACCUCGGUGCGCAUCUGAACGCGUACACCUCCCGUGAGCAGACGGUGUUCUACGCGAAGUCGUUCCGCCACGAUGUGGACAAGGCUGUGGACAUUAUCUCGGACAUCCUGCAGAACUCGAAGCUGGACGCCUCGGCUAUCGAGCGUGAGCGCGAUGUGAUCCUGCGUGAGCAGGAGGAGGUCGACAAGCAGGUCGAGGAGGUCGUGUUUGACCACCUGCACGCUGUGGCCUUCCAGGGCCAGGCGCUAGGCCGCACGAUCCUCGGCCCCAAGGAGAACAUCCUGUCGAUCAACCGCGACGACCUGUCGAAGUACAUCCAGUCGAAGUACACCGCUGACCGCAUGGUGCUGGUCGGUGCUGGUGGCGUCGAGCACGAGGCGCUGGUGAAGCUCGCGGAGAAGCACUUCAGCACCCUGCCCGUGUCGGAGAACCCGAUCAAGCUGGGUGAGAACCAGUACGAGCCCAGCCGCUUCAUCGGUUCGGAGGUGCGCAUCCGCGACGACACUUCGUCGACGUGCAAUGUGGCCAUUGCCGUGGAGGGUGCGAGCUGGAAGUCGCCGGACUACUUCCCGAUGCUGGUGCUGCAGUCGAUCUUUGGCAACUGGGACCGCUCGCUGGGCUCGUCGCCACUGUUGUCGAGCCGUCUGUCUCACAUUAUCUCGUCGAACAACCUGGCUAACUCGUUCAUGCACUUUAGCACCUCGUACUCGGACACGGGUCUGUGGGGUGUGUAUCUCGUGAGUGAGAACCACAUGAACCUCGACGACCUUGUGCACUUUACGCUGAAGGAGUGGCAGCGUGCCUCGACGGGUCCUGCGCCUGCGGAGGUGGAGCGUGCCAAGUCGCAGCUCAAGGCCUCGCUGCUGCUCGGUCUGGACGGCACCACGGCCAUUGCUGAGGACAUUGGCCGCCAGCUGGUGACCACCGGCAAGCGUUUCACGCCCCACGAGAUCGAAGCGGCGAUUGACCGUGUGACGCCCGGCGAGAUCCAGCGCGUGGCGCAGAAGUACCUGUGGGACAAGGACAUUGCCCUGGCAGCUACGGGUCGUGUUGAGGGUCUCCUCGACUACAACCGUAUCCGCGCAGACAUGUCGACGCUCCUGUACUAA